AUGUGCAUCAUCUUCUUCGAGUCACAUGCAGAAAACACGCACGAGCACUACAUUGACCAAUACCACUGCGCACACGAUACCUGCGACGGCCGUUUCGAGUCACAUGCCAAAUAUCUGCUCCAAGGCUCUUGCGCUGAUUGCCGUCUGUGUCUGAACCAGGCAGAUGUAAAUCCCGAUAUCUCUCCGGUUAGGUAUUAUCCCCCCGUUGAAGAUGUUUGCGUUGAGAAGGUUGGUUUUGGCGAGAUUGGGUUUGGUCGCAUCGUGAGGUGUGAGGGGGCGGGUGUUUGUUUGCUGAGACAGGUGGAUCAUGUCGGAAAGAAAGACGAUGGAGAUGAGAGACAGUAUGGCAGCGAGGAUGAAAAAGGACAAUAUGACGACGACGACUGGCGCAGUUACAAAAACCUUUCCGAUGUCGACAGCGUUACUUCACACUGGCGAUUAGACGAGCAAGAGCAAGAGCACGAGAUAACCGACAUCGAGUCUGAGCAUGCAGCAACUCAAGCUGAUGAAACAAUCAAAGCUUCUCGUCCAUGUUCCACUUCCACUUCCACAGACAAAGACUCUCAACUACACGAGACACACCAACAUGCAAUUCCAUUCAUCGCUCCAGGCACAGCAAGACACCGCUGUCUCGUCAGCAAACAACUUGCCCAACUACCCCACCACAUUACCCACGCGCGCGAGCAUCCUCAACCCAUACCCGUGCCUCUGCCGCCAGCACCUCCGCCAGCACCUCCAGGUCCACACAACGCUGCAUUCCAGCAAUAUUACAGGGCCGAAGCCGUGGCUUGGCAGAAUCACUACAUUCCCAUUCAUCAACUACAAAGGAAUCCAGGGGCUGAAUCCAUGUGGCAAGGAAAUGCAGCCUAUCUGCACAAUCAUGGCAUGCCAUGGCACCCGGUAGGUUGA